AUGCGAUGUGCUUAUAUUAACGCCGGUCUAUGUCAACCCAUACUUCCGGAAUAUCCAUUUUCAGGAGAGGGUAAUAAUCGUCGCCGAUUUCAAGCUUCUUGGUUCAACACAUACUCAACUUGGUUGGAGUACUCGAAGUCAAAAGAUGCCAUAUUUUGUCUUCAAUACUAUGUUUUUGCUAAGAAAUCAACAAGCUGUCCAGGAUCAGAUGCAUUUAUUGUGAAAGGCUUUAACAAUUGGAAAAAGGCGAGCGACACAAUGAAUGGUUCUUUAAUGGGACACGUGGGGAAAGAUCCAAAUUCACCACAUAAAAAUGCUGUGAAAUGUUGUGAGGAUCUAAUGAAUCAGUCACGUCAUAUUGACAAGUUAGUUGAAAAACAAACAUCACAAGAAACAGAGAAUAAUCGAUUGCUGCUCAAAACCUCGGUAGAUAGUGUUCAAUGGCUAGCAUUCCAAGCAUGUGCCUUUAGAAGUCAUGAUGAAAGCUCUGACUCAAAAAAUAAAGGCAACUUCAUUGAAUUGAUAAAGCUCCUAGCAACUUAUAAUGAUGAUGUUUUUGGACUUGUCCUGGAGAAUGCUCCAAAAAAUGCCAAAUAUAUAUCACCCAAAAUUCAAAAGGAAAUUCUGCAUAUCAUUGCAAAUAAAGUGCGGGAUGUGAUUCGAAAAGAAAUUGAGGAUGCCAAAUUUUGCAUUCUCAUUGAUGAAGCUCGGGAUGAGUCAAAAAGGAAGCAAAUGACUAUUAUUCUGAGGUUUGUUGAUAAAGAUGGUUUUAUACAAGAGCGAUUAUUUCAUGUCGUGCAUGUUAAUGAUACUACUGCAUCAACUUUAAAAAAGAAUAUAUGUGCUGUUCUUUCUCGUUACAACCUUCAAAUUGAGAAUAUUCGAGGUCAGGGAUAUGAUGGAGCUUUAGUUGCAGCAUCUAAAGAAGCCAAGCAUAUUCAUCAGUUCUUUAUUCAGUUGACUUCUAUUAUCAAUAUUGUUGGUGGUUCUUCUAAACGUUAUGAUGAAUUACAAUCUGCUCAAGCUGCUGAAAUUGAAAGUUUGAUUGUUUCUAAUAAAAUUGAAAUUGGAAAGAGUGCAAACCAAAUUGGUACUUUGCAACGACCUGGAGAUACUCGAUGGUCAUCUAAUUAUCAAUCUAUUUACAGUUUGAUAAGAAUGUUUGGUGCAACUUGUUCAGUUAUCAACAAUAUCUCCAAGGAGGGAGCUAAUUAUUCUCAACGUGGUGAUGCUGAAGGGGCUUACAUGGUAUUAACAUUAUUUGAAUUUGUUUUUAUAUUGCAUUUGAUGAAUGAUAUUAUGGGACUCAUUAAUAUGUUGUGUCAAACUUUACAACAAAAAUCUAUAGACAUUUUAAAUGUCAUGAGUCAAGUUUCAACAACACAAUUACUCAUUCAACAGAGGAGAGAAGAUGGGUGGGAGCCUUUGCUUACUACUGUUAAAUCAUUUGGUGAAGAAAAUGAUAUUGAUAUUCCUGAUAUGAAUGCUCAUUACAGUAGAGCUCAAGGUCGAUCUCGUCGUCAAGAUGAAGGGUCUUUGACAACAGUUGAGUAUCAUUUUAGAGUUGAUAUAUUUACUGCUGCAAUAGACUUUCAAUUACAAGAAUUGAAAAAUAGAUUUGGUGAGCAGGCUGUAGAACUCCUCACUCUUAGCAUUGCUUUAAGCCCGAAAGAUGCAUACAAAUCAUUUAAGAUUGAUGAUAUAUGCAAAUUAGCUGAGAAGUUUUAUCCUAAAGAUUUCAACAAGCAAGAAAGAUUUUGUGUGAUUUCAAUAUGCGUAGAUACGGUGGAGAGGAGGGCGGAGGUGGUGGGGAGGCUCAAGGCACUGGAGGAGGCGGCUGCACUGCUCGUCACUUCUUUACAGAACCCAAAUGCCGUGCAGGAGCUAAGAUCUGACAAGCAGUACAAUCUCCAAAUGCAAUUAAAAAUAAUAUUUGGUUAA